CAGUCCAACAUGAAAGAGGUCCUCGCCAAUCAACAAUGCGUAAACAAAUGCUUUUAAUGAAUGGUCUUCAGCAACAAAGACAACAACAAAGAAUACAUAACCAAAAUGAAAAUCAACACAAUAAUGGCACUAAAAUGCCAGGCCAAAGAGGACGACUUUCGUUAAUUAGAAGUCAUUCUAGAGCGGCUAUAAAUCCCUCUUCUGUUUGUUUCUAA